GGGAGGGGGGAAGGGGGGAGGUGGGCUUCGUGAUUCAUUUUCUUAGGGCGGAGGGAAAGAAGUUGUUGGAGGGGAGUUGCUGCCGGAGCGCUGCUGUUGGAGGGGUGAAGCCCACCCGCCGAAUGCCUCUGUGAGAGAGAGAGAGAGAAGAAAGAAGAGAGGGGAGCUUCCAGAGCAGGCUGCGCUCCCCCCGUCCUUCCUCAUGCUAGAUACGUUCAGACCCGUCCCUUUCGCGUCGGAAAUGGCGAUUAGUAAAUCGGUGGCGUGGCUGAACGAGCAGCUGGAGAUGGGCAACGAGAGGCUGCUGCUGAUGGACUGUCGACCCCAGGAGUUGUACGAGUCGUCCCACAUCGAAUCGGCCAUCAACGUGGCCAUCCCCGGCAUCAUGCUGCGGAGGCUGCAGAAGGGCAACCUGCCCCUCCGUUCCCUCGUCUCCAGCAGCGAGGAGGACCGGGAGCGCUUCGCCCGCCGCUGCGGCACCGACACGGUGGUGCUGUACGAUGAGCACAGCCGCGACUGGAACGAGAACACGGGCGGGGAGUCGGUGCUGGGGCUGCUCCUCAAGCGCCUCAAAGACGAGGGCUGCAAGGUGUUCUAUCUGGAAGGUGGUUUCAGCAAGUUCCAGGCCGAGUUCGCUCUGCACUGCGAAACCAACCUAGACAGUUCGUGUAGCAGCAGCUCUCCUCCUCUGCCGGUCCUGGGCUUGGGAGGCCUCCGCAUCAGCUCCGAUUCCUCCUCAGACAUUGAAUCUGACAUUGACAGAGACCCCAACAGUGCGACCGACUCGGAUGGCAGCCCCCUCUCCACCAACCAGCCUUCCUUCCCGGUGGAGAUUUUACCCUACCUCUACUUAGGCUGUGCCAAGGACUCCACAAACCUGGACGUUUUGGAAGAGUUUGGCAUUAAAUACAUCUUGAAUGUCACCCCCAACCUGCCCAACCUCUUUGAGAACGCCGGAGAAUUCAAGUACAAGCAGAUCCCAAUCUCUGACCACUGGAGCCAAAAUCUGUCCCAGUUCUUUCCUGAGGCCAUCUCCUUCAUAGACGAAGCCCGAGGGAAGAACUGCGGCGUCCUGGUGCAUUGCUUGGCAGGGAUCAGCCGCUCCGUCACGGUCACCGUGGCCUACCUCAUGCAAAAGCUCAACCUGUCCAUGAACGACGCCUACGACAUCGUCAAGAUGAAGAAGUCCAACAUCUCGCCCAACUUCAACUUCAUGGGGCAGCUGCUGGACUUCGAGCGGACUCUGGGGCUGAGCAGCCCCUGCGACAACCGAGUGCCCAACCAGCAGCUCUACUUCACCACCCCUUCCAACCAGAACGUCUUCCAGGUGGAUUCCCUGCAGUCCACGUGAGCCCCCCACCGGCCCCCUUCUCCUGUGUCCGUCCCACGGGGGAUGGCUCCUCAGUGCUUUCUCUUGGGCAGCGAUGGAGAAAACGCAGCUUUUCGCUUUGCCUGGCCUCUGCCGCCCGAAACAAAAAGGGCAGCUGCCGGGGGGAAGGUUCCCCAGCGUGUGUGUGUGUGCCCAGGGUGGAAUCGGCUCUUGCAAGAGGGAGGGGAGGCGAUGAGCCCUCGGGGGACGGGGCGGGACGGGGAAGCACCGCGGCGAGCAGGCGGCUGGGCAGCAGCAGCAGCAGCAGCAGCAGCAGCGGCAGCGCUCCUUGCGCGGCGGCUUGGGCGCCAGGGCUGCCAGGCGAGGGUGGGGGUAGGAUAAAGUCGGCGGAGGGCUGAGCAUGUGUCCUCUGGAGGCUGCCACCAUCCCCCUGCCCCUCUCCGGGACACGACCUCGUUGUCUUCAGUGAAGACUUGCUUAUAUGUCUUUCCCCCUCCCCCCUCCUUUCCCCCUGUUUGUUGGGAUUUAGAGGAGCCAAAGAAAGAGAUUUCAGCUGGGUGUGUUGGGAGGUCUCUUUUGUGUUCUCGUUUGGUUUGUUGGUGUUUGGUUGGUUUUUUUUCUGGGAGCUGAGGGAAGUGCUCGACUGGAGUCGAUGUAAAUAUUUCAGCUUCCAGUGAGUUGCAGCUACAAUACUUUUAAGCGUUUUAAAUCCACACACACAUCCUCCAGGACAACCAAUCCAAGGGACACCUCUGUGUGUGUGUGUGUGUGUGUGUGUGUGUUGGGGGGGAAGUUUAUCUGCUUGAUUCGCUUGGUUGGGUUUGGGUUUUGCUUUUCUUUCUUCUUCUUUUUCCUUUUUUUUUUUUUUUUGAACUCAGCUGUUUGGUUUUUUUUUCCUUUUCUGAGUGCAACAAAAACAACCAAACCUCAAACCUGCAGCAGGCUCAGUUUUUAUCCAUCACAACCCAAACCUGCAGCAUGCUCAGUUUUUGUCCAUCACAACCAAACCCCAAACUUUUGCAGCAUGCUCAAUUUUUAUCCAUCACAACCCAACCCCAAACCUGCAGCAUGCUCAGUUUUUACCCAUCACAACCCAACCCCAAACCUGCAGCAUGCUCAGUUUUUACCCAUCACAACCAAACCCCAAACCUGCAGCAGGCUCAUUUUUUAUCCAUCACAACCAAACCUGCACCAUGCUCAGUUUUUACCCAUCACAACCCAACCCCAAACCUGCACAAUGCUCAGUUUUUACCCAUCACAACCAAACCCCAAACCUGCAGCAUGCUCAAUUUUUAUCCAUCACAACCAAACCUGCAGCAUGCUCAGUUUUUACCCAUCACAACCCAACCCCAAACCUGCAGCAGGCUCAUUUUUUGUCCAUCACAACCAAACCUGCACCAUGCUCAGAUUUUACCCAUCCCAACCCAACCCCAAACCUGCACCAUGCUCAGAUUUUACCCAUCACAACCCAACCCCAAACCUGCAGCAUGCUCAGUUUUUACCCAUCACAACCCAACCCCAAACCUGCACCAUGCUCAGAUUUUACCCAUCACAACCCAACCCCAAACCUGCAGCAUGCUCAGAUUUUACCCAUCACAACCCAACUCCAAACCUGCAGCAGGCUCAUUUUUUAUCCAUCACAACCAAACCUUGCAGCAUGCUCAGAUUUUACCCAUCACAACCCAACCCCAAACCUGCACCAUGCUCAGAUUUUACCCAUCACAACCCAACCCCAAACCUGCAGCAUGCUCAGUUUUUAUCCAUCA